CCGUACUGGCCCAAUUCAGAAAAUAGAAUGACCCUAGUCACUUCCAAAAACAACACAGAACCAUCGAAAACCCCUCUCCGCUGCGAAGACGUACUCACUCUCUUCCUCUUUGUGCCAAGGUUUAGAUGGCUUUGCGAGGGGUUUGGCAACUUAACAAGCUGAUUGUCAGUUAUUGCAACUGGGGCGGAAGUAGCAGAGGUAUAAGGGCAUUUAUGGAGUCUCAUUUGCCAACGUUUAAGGAGAAGAAUCCUCAAUUAGAGGUGGUAACUGAACUCAUUCGUGGUCAGCAUCCACAUCUGAAGGCUUAUUACAAGAACAAGAAUCAGCGAGUGAUAUGUGUGAAGAAUAUGGACCCAGAAGACAUACUUUUGCAUGCAACCAGGCUAAGAAAUGCAUUGGGAAGGAAGGUAGUGAAAUUGAGGACAAGACAUGUAACCAAACACCCUAGUGUGCAAGGUACUUGGACAACUGCUGUGGAGUAUUAAGAUAGAACACCAUGUGUAUGAGAAAGUUCCUUUUCUUAUGGUAAUCAAUUUGUGAACUGGUGGGUGUUAGUUCUCAUGUAUCUGGCACAAUUACCAGUUGUUCAAUAAUUCACUUUUUUUUGGGUGGUUUGCAUUGUUUGCUUCACAAUGAUGAAGCUAAUGAGCAAAAUUGAAAAAGCGCGAUAAAGGUGGUUGUUGGUUCCGCUUAAA